AUGGUGAACUUCACCGUCGACGAGAUUCAUGUUCUUAUGAAGAAGCCUGCCAAUAUCCGUAACAUGAGUGUUAUCGCUCACGUCGACCAUGGAAAAUCUACCCUUACCGACUCGCUUGUUCAGCGUGCUGGUAUCAUUUCCGCCGCCAAGGCUGGUGAAGCUCGAUUCACCGAUACGCGACAAGAUGAGCAAGAGCGAGGUAUCACAAUCAAGUCGACCGCCAUCUCUCUAUAUGCCCACUUGCCAGACGAGGAAGAUCUUAAGGACAUUCCCCAGAAGGUCGAGGGUAACGAUUUCUUGAUCAACUUGAUCGAUUCGCCUGGUCACGUCGAUUUCUCUUCCGAGGUUACCGCUGCUCUACGAACUACCGAUGGUGCUCUCGUUGUCGUCGAUACCAUCGAAGGUGUCUGCGUGCAGACUGAGACCGUGCUGCGACAAGCUCUCGGUGAGCGAGUCAAGCCUGUCGUCAUUAUCAACAAGGUUGACCGGGCUCUCCUCGAGUUGCAGGUCGAGAAGGAGGAUCUUUACCAGUCCUUUUCACGAACCAUCGAAUCCGUCAAUGUCAUCAUCGCCACCUACUUCGACAAGGCUCUUGGUGAUGUCCAAGUCUACCCAUACAAUGGUACUGUUGCUUUCGGUUCCGGUCUCCACGGCUGGGCUUUCACAAUCCGACAAUUCGCUGUCAAGUAUGCUAAGAAGUUUGGUGUUGACAAGAAGAAGAUGAUGGACCGCCUUUGGGGUGACAAUUUCUUCAACCCAAAGACCAAGAAAUGGACAAAGACUGCCGACGAGGGCGUCGAGCGUGCCUUCAACCAAUUUAUCCUUGAUCCUAUCUUCAGAAUAUUCGACGCAUUCAUGAAGGGUAAGAACGACGAACUGCUGAAUAUCUGCGGUAAGAUCGACGUCAAGCUUACCACCGAGGAGAAAGAAGCUACUGGCAAGGGUCUCCUCAAGGCUAUCAUGCGAAAGUUCUUGCCAGCUGCUGAUGCCCUCAUGGAGAUGAUGGUCAUUCACUUGCCAUCUCCUGUCACCGCUCAAAAGUACCGAAUGGAGACUCUCUACGAGGGUCCUCCUGAUGACGAAGCCGCUGUUGGUAUCCGAGACUGCAACCCUAACGCUACUCUCAUGUUGUACGUCUCCAAGAUGGUGCCAACCUCGGACAAGGGCCGAUUCUACGCCUUUGGCCGUGUCUUCUCUGGUACUGUUCGAUCUGGUCUCAAGGUUCGCAUUCAGGGCCCCAACUACGUUCCCGGUAAGAAGGAGGAUUUGUUCAUCAAGGCCAUUCAGCGAACUGUUCUCAUGAUGGGUCGAAUGACCGAGCCAAUUGAUGAUGUGCCAGCUGGUAACAUCGUCGGUCUUGUUGGUGUUGAUCAGUUCCUGCUCAAGUCUGGUACUCUCACUACCUCCGAGACUGCACACAACUUGAAGGUUAUGAAGUUCUCAGUAUCGCCUGUCGUGCGACGCUCAGUCGAGGUUAAGAAUGCUGCUGAUCUUCCCAAGUUGGUCGAAGGUCUCAAGCGUCUGUCCAAGUCUGAUCCUUGUGUCUUGACAUCCAUCUCCGAAACUGGUGAACACAUCGUCGCUGGUGCCGGUGAGCUUCAUUUGGAAAUUUGCUUGAAGGAUCUUGAGGAAGACCACGCUGGUGUACCUCUCAAGAUUUCUGACCCAGUCGUUCAGUACCGAGAGACUGUUGGUGGCAAGUCCAGCAUGACAGCUUUGUCGAAAUCUCCUAACAAGCACAAUCGAUUGUACGUCAUUGCCGAACCUCUCGGUGAGGAGGUCUCAAAAGACAUCGAGAAUGGCAAGAUCGCCCCAAGAGAUGACUUCAAAGCACGAGCUCGAGUGCUCGCUGAUGACCACGGCUGGGAUGUUACCGAUGCCCGAAAGAUCUGGGCUUUCGGUCCAGACACUACUGGCGCUAACUUGCUUAUCGACCAGACAAAGGCUGUUCAGUACCUCAGUGAAAUCAAGGAUUCUUUCGUCUCCGGUUUCCAGUGGGCUACACGAGAAGGUCCAAUCGCCGAAGAGCCAAUGCGAUCCGUUCGAUUCAACGUCAUGGAUGUCACACUUCACGCCGACGCCAUCCACAGAGGUGGUGGUCAAAUUAUCCCAACAGCCAGACGUGUGCUCUACGCUUCUACACUUCUUGCUGACCCUGGUUUACUUGAGCCUGUCUACUUGGUCGAGAUCCAAGUUCCAGAACAAGCCAUGGGUGGAAUCUAUGGUGUCCUUACUAGGAAGAGAGGUCACGUAUUCUACGAGGAGCAGCGUGUAGGAACUCCAUUAUUCACUGUCAAGGCAUAUCUGCCCGUCAUGGAAUCCUUCGGCUUCAAUGCCGAUCUUAGAGCCGCCACUGGUGGCCAGGCUUUCCCACAAUCCGUCUUCGACCACUGGCAGAUCCUCCCAGGUGGUUCACCUAUUGUUAAGACCAGUGUGCCCGGAGCAGUUGUCGAGGCUAUGCGAAAGAGAAAGGGUCUCAAGCCAGAAGUCCCAGGCUACGAGAACUACUACGACAAGUUGUAA